AUGAUACUAGACCCAACUUAUGCUCCUCGUCAACCACCACCUUCAAUAUCGACAGACCAAGCCGCACGUGCUGUAUGGCCAUCAGAACCGAAUUCUCCCAUUCCAACAGAGACGAGAGCUAACAAGCGCCCAAGAGUCGAUACCCACAAUCUACAAUCUUUUAAAUCUCAUAGGCGUUCAGCUAUUAAGACUCCUUCAUCACCUCUUACUCCCUGGCGAACUUCCUUCAGAAAAACGGAAUCACGCCCUAAUCAUCUAGACCCUCAUUGUACUGCUAUCGAUUGUUCUCCUCUGCCUGUACACCCUCCAGUCGACCUAUCGUCACCUCAUAUCCCCGCAAUGCACCCCCUCAUCAAUAGACAGACACUCAAAGAACUUGAUCUCGACUCUAUCCUCCGUAAUCCCCAACUUCGACACGAUCUUCUCUUUGACGCUGGUCUCCAGUUUCGUCCAACAUCUGGUCGACGUAAACGUGAUCUAUCUGACAAAUAUUGGUCCGCUAUCGCACAAGAACUCCAGACAGGCUGCACCUGCGUUUCCUUUGAUCUUCAAUGGAAACCCCACGACCUCCUCUGCGUUUGCGCCCAAGGCCCCAUACCUCAAGUACCCAGCCUCACCUACUGCUCCCCUCUCCGAGCACUCACACUCCGCAUGCCCUCCCGCAUUCGUCACCUCCUCACAGAAUUUCUCGAAGUCUUACUCUUUGUUAUACAACCCCUUACAAGCAUAUGCGGCACCUACGCCAAUCCUGCAACUCUCCAGACGCAAAUCGAGCAACACGCAGCUCAGGCCGCCCAUCUCAGAUCCCUCUUUGAUCCGGAGCUUAUUCAGCAAGAGCUUCACCACCAACUUUUCGAUCCAUCAGGACUCUUCAUCGUCAUUGGCCAGACUCUCAAAAGCCAUUGUGCUCCCAUGCGCGAUCGUCUCGUCGACGCUAUGGUAGAUGCAGCCAAAGCUUGCGCCCCAGGCUGCGGUGGCAGUAAGGCGGACGCGGUCAAGGCCGUUCGCAUGUGCCUCGAUAUAUUGGAACUCAUGAAACUGGCAAGUCUCUCCCAAUCAUUUUUCUUCCCUGAUAUUGCGAACCACCAAUUACAAACCCUCCGCCCAUUCCUCAUAGAAACCGCGGGUCAAUACGAGCUCAAGGCGUUCAAAGGCCGAAAGGGGGCAGGUGCCUCACUCGACCUCACCCGGAAAUGGAUACGAACGGCAUACCACCACCUCAUGUCCUCGUCCCACCCAAUCUCACUCUUACUUCCCCAUCCGUCCCACCCUUCCAACACCAUAACUCUAAAUUAUCGCCAACUCCCACAAACGCAACAAAUAUACCUAAGCGUGCUCAGAGCGCUCACGGACCUCGUUUUUGAGCCCCCUUGUGGCCCAUCCCCCACGCCCGUUCCGCAUUCCCACUCCCUCCAACGCGAACGCGUGUCGAAAUCGAGCAUACCGUAUCUCCCUUUAUACCCCGAAACCACGUAUUUGGACGGCGCGCGUCUCUUGGUGUUAUCUGGCGAAGCGGCAGACGCUACUGCUAUGUACAUGUUCCUUCUUUUGUUCCGGCAGUUGGCAUUUAGCGAUCCUGACUCCAAUGCUUGCGGCGAUCCCAGCUCCAGGGUGGUUGUGACAGAUGUCCAACUCGCUUCGCUUAAAAAGGAAAUCCGAGACAUCUCUUCGGGGCAUCUUGGACAUUGUUUUGCGCAAGUGAAAGGAGAUGGUGAUGGUGAGAGAUGGGCAAAGAUCAGAGAGGAUAUUGUCUUGCAGAUUGCUAUGCGAGCGAAAGAGGCUCGUUCGUCUUCCACACCUUUGUCGGGUUCACCACAGACACGAAACCCAGAAUCAGCAUCAGAACCAGGGUCGGAUUCUCAACCCCAAUCGAGGGUCCUCGCUUCCGCACCAGACGAACGCAUGCUCAAACUAGCCGAGCGCUGGUCCGAUACGAACAUGCGCCCCAACUCGCCGCUGAGCACGCUGCUGCGCAAGAGGAUCCGCGAUGUUGUGUUUAAUCAGGUCGUGUCGCUCACUUUUCCUUCUGCGUCUUCGCGCCAUUCUGGCGUGAGCACAAGUACGGGUCUAGGCAAGUCAUUAAACUUUACAUCCCUCGCCCCUCCUUCUCCAUUAUCAUCGGGCAUGGAGCCUCUCGCAGAUGAGAUCCGCUUACUCUCAGAACGACUCUCGAGGUUGGCACAUAUCCAUCUGGGGGUGUAUCUUCCGUUGUAUGAACAGGAGGAAUUUUCCACGUCUGUUUUUUCUGAUUUAGAAUCCUGUAGCUAG